UUUCAUGGAGGCUCUAGAUAAGGCUUGGAUUUUCCAUGGAAAUGCCCAACAAUGUGAGCAAUUUGAAAAGACGCCCAAUACUUUGGGUUUAAAGAAUAUGGCAGGGGUGUUCAUAUUAGUGGCAGCAGGCGUGGCUAUAGGAGUGGGUCUAAUCAUAAUCGAAGUGAUAUACAAAAGACAUCAAGUGAAAAAACAAAAACGAAUGGAUAUAGCCAGACAUGCUGCCGCCAAAUGGAGAGGAACUAUAGAGAAACGGAAAACUAUUCGAACUUCCCUGGCUAUGCAACGACAAUAUAAUGUGGGUCUUAAUGCCAAUCCCGGAACCAUUAGCUAUUCCGUGGACAAAAGACGUUAUCAUCGUUUAGGACCUAGAGCACCAGAAAAUGCUUGGAUCGGUGAUCAUAAUGAUAUGUUAAGAAAUCGUCGUUACUUAGAUCCCUCAAAACCUAAACAUUCACCAAAGGUACAUGGACCUCUUCUGGGUAGAAUUAAACAACAACCGGGUAAUUUAAUGCCACCGAAAUAUUCACCGGGUUAUACAAGUGAUGUCUCACAUUUGGUUGUUUAAGAGCAGAACGAAAAAAAUUAAAAAAUUGUUACAAAUUUGAAACCAAAGAUUUAAAUUGAAAAUAGUUUUAAUACUUCGUAAGAAAAAGUAAUGAAAAUUUGUUAGAAUUUAAAGCAAAAAACAAAUUAGCAAAAUUUUUAAAAAAACCUAAAUUAAAAAGUUAAAAAAUUAUAAAUGUAUAUUUAAUGUUAUUUAUUAUUAAUUAAACAUGUAAUUAGGAAAUGAUAAAAAAACAACCACCUAGAAAGGAACAUUAUGUAAAAAACAGGGUAUGGAAAAGAAUUUCUUAAAUUUGAUAAAAUUAAGAAAUAAUUCAGGAUGUAAAAGGGACAGUUUAUGGAAACUAGCACAAAAGUUUUAUAAAACAAAAAUUUUCCUUAAACAAUAUAUUUCAGGGACACCAGAUCAGUUCUAGUUCAGU